AUGUCCUUGAGUCCAUUCGGCGAGCCUCCCCUUGGAACAGAUCUAUCACAAGAGCACCGCGUGAGAAACAAUGCCGCCGUUAUUUCCACACUUCGUCUCCAGCAGACAAGAAUAGCCGAAGACGACUGGAUGAUCAUUCUUUCCCUUUUACCCCUGACAGCCAACUUCAUUUGUACAAUCAUCGGAGGACAAUAUGGGCUUGGAAAGCAUGUCUGGAUCGUUCCUAUCAAUGACGUGGUGAAGGUGAUGCAACUCUUAUUCGUAUAUGUCCUCAUUUAUGUGGCUGUCGUUCCACUUAUCAAGCUAUCGGUGCUUUUAUUCUACCAACGCAUUUUUGGAAUGACCAAGAUGAUGUGGUUUUGCGUUUUUCUGACGGUCGGAUACGUGAUAUCUUGCUAUAUCGCCUUUCUUGUUUGCUGUCGACCGGUGUCGUACUAUUGGAGUCAAUACAUUGAUCCCACCGGCGGGAAAUGUAUCUUCAACCUCUAUCCAUUUUACAUUGGAAAUGCUGCUGCAAAUGUCACUACAGAUGUGAUCAUUUUGUUGGUUCCUGUCCCACUGGUAUGGAAACUACAGAUGCGGACCUCCCAAAAGUUCAUGCUCUGUGGUAUCUUCAUGCUGGGCGGAUUCGUUUGCGUCGCGAGUAUCAUUCGGAUAUACUAUAUGACUUUCCUCGGUUCCUCCGUCGAUAUCACUUGGAUCAUGGGCGACGUAUUUAUCUGGUCUAGCGUUGAGCCAUGUAUUGGUAUUUUGUGUGCCUCGCUCCCAACUCUGCAGCCACUCCUUCGCCUUGUAAUUGCUCGGGUAUUUGGGACAAGCAUGGGCCGUUAUGAGACCAGCUUACAGAGCAAGCAGGAAGCCGAAAGAAAACAUAAAAAGGCAAAUUGGAAGCCCGCAGUACCUCCUGACUGGGAUGAAGCCCUACUAACAACAAAUGCCGGGCCUGUUGAAAUGGGUCCGCUGGGAAGAAAAGGAAGUUACGAAGGGACAAUCACGGUGGACAGAGAAUUUCAAAUGGUGGAGGAAUCCCAUAAGCAAGGGAUCAAACUUUUGACGGGGACACAAUGA